CUUUAGCAAUGGCGGCGGCGACCGGGUACUGAGCGCGGUCUGCUCUGAGAGAAAGCCGAGGCUUCUUUGUUUUUCCUCCUCUCGGCCCGGGGAAGCGCCCAGGGCGGGCGAAGAGUGGCAGAAAGGGCGGGGAGGCAGGCCUUGGGCUCGCCGCAGCGAACCGGGAGCAGAAGGGCCGGGCCUGGAAGGGAAUGGAGAAGGGCGCUGCCAGCCUGAAGAAAGGCCUGAGGGGGGAAGAGGCCACUGCGGGCCCCUCUAGAGGCCCGGGGGACCCUCAGGAAGGCCCCAGCAGGCAGUUGGCCGAAGAGGGCGCCGUGUCAGGGGCCAAGAGCCCCGGGGUGGCCCCAAACCCUCCAAGUGGUGCCCCUGGCCCCCAUGCAGACUCCUGGCUCCAGAGGAUGCAGGGCCUGGUCCUCAAGGCCUCAAACCUGAGGGUCUCCCUGCCAGAGGCACCCCCGCUGACAGUGCUGCUCCUGCAGAGAUAUAUGGCCGAUGGGCUGCCGCCCCUGCCCAACACCCCCUUCCCGGUCUAUUACUAUGACGUGACUGUCACAGAUGGCACCUGCCAGGAGAAGUGCCUCCUGGCCCCACAGCUGAACGGCCUGGUCCACAAAAACGGGCUCAGGGCUGGCCGGCUGGUGAAGAUCACCCAGUGUUCCUACAUGUACAACGAGCGGAGCCUCAGUCUGGGCUUUGUGUGCAUCGAAGGGCUGGAAAUCCUAGCAGAGGCCGCGGCCUUCACGGGGGCUGCCUCCCAGCUCGGAAUGUGCCAUGCGAAGACCGCCCUGCCCCUGAAGGGGGGCAGGAAGCAUUACCUUCCUCUGUGGAACAAUGACGAUCCCUUUGGGGACGUGUGGGUGGCGAGGAAGCCCCUGAGGGAGGACAGUCUGGAGAAAUUAAAACCAACAUCUAUCUCUAUUCUGGACAUGACCUGGCAGGGCAGAUUCAGCUUCCCACCGUUGCUUGUCAGAAUCAUCCAUAAGUUUCGGUUACGCUAUUUUGGAAAACCAAAAUCAAAGCUAGAUGUGCCGUAUCAGGCUUGUUUUGAUGUGGCCGAUCAAUCUGGCAUGGUGUUAAUGGUGCUAUGGGGCCCUUUAUGCCCUGAAUGGUAUCACAGUAUGAACAUUGGCACAGUGCUGCUGCUUGAAAAAUAUGCUGUGAAAAAAAGUAUAUCUUCUACAAUACAGCCAAGUCCUGAAGAUUUGCACCUGAAGAGAUUCAGUUCAAUAGAAAUUGCUUUGAACGUCCGAGACCCCCCAGCUAAAAUUAACAUCAUUCCAGAACAUAAAAUUAAACCAGAGUGGAAGUUGCCAGAAGUUGAAUUUCAGUUUGUAACCAGAUCUGAAUUGGACCAAUUAGCACAAAAUCAGUUUUGUGACAUCAUAGGACUUGUACAAUAUGUUGGACGGGUCGAGCGCAAGAGGAAAAAAGGUUGUGUGGAAGACUUUUGGACAUAUCGCUGGGUACAUGUUGUUGAUGGGACCUCAGAACAGCCUUUUAUGAUAGAAUUGUUUUCCACAUCUCAGCCAGAUAUAUUUGAGCAAAUUUACCCAAUGGCCUACUUGGUCUGUACCCAGAUGAGAGUGGAACGAAUUAUUUCCGAGAAUGGUUCCAGUAUGGUCUAUUUAACAACUUCUGUGAAAAGUCAAAUGUUUAUUUCAGGAUGGCACAAGGGCCAGCCCUAUAUAAAAGAUCCGAAAGUGAAAAACUUUAUCCAGUGGAUGGCAAGCCAAGAGGAAGCUUCCUACGCAGACAAGAUCGUCCUUGGGGGAUACUACGCCUUCCCGCCACUCCCACCUACGUUUGCAGAAUAUUGUAAAAAUAUAAAUAAAGAAUUAGUUUUGAUAUACAUUGGUGAUAUUGGCAAGGAGAUUGACAGUUUGCACUACAGGGAACAGAAGCACAUUGCUUUUCGAGGGAUAAUUAGUGCUAUAAGACGUGUCAGCUGUAGCAGUAUCUCCCAGGAUGCCUCAGGAAAAUCACCAAUUCAGAUUGAGAAAAGGCCUUCAGUAUGUACUUUGUCAGAGCACCAGCAAGUGAGAGAAUCAACUUCUAAGCAGAAGUCACCAUCUCUGGAGCAACAAAGCAUAGUAACCAGGAGUUGUGCAAAGAGACAGAUUGCAGCUGUUGAGACCACGGAUCAUUCUCCAGGGUCUUCUCAGCCUUCAUAUGUGACAAGGUCAAGAAGCAAAAAAAGAGUGUUGUAUAGUUUCUUGGAAGAUAGCUCUGAUGAAGAGAACGACAAUUCAGAACUGAUGGAAACAGCACAAACACAUGAAACAGGCCACAAAGAAAUAGCUGAUGCAUCUGAAGAAGUUCACCCACAAAGGAUGUGCUACAAUUCCUGGGAAAGUGUUCUCUGGACCGCUGUAAAAGGCAACCUAGCCCAGCACUUGAACUUCAGCAAGCUAUCCCCAGAAAGCUUCCCUUGUAAAUUUAAUUAUACUCACAAAGAAGCCUUAUUGAAACAAUACAAUCUUCAAGCAGCCAAAUUCCAGCCAGAAGAAUGUCUAACAAGUGGAGAAAUGAGUCACUUUGAAAAUGCCUGUCCUCUCGAAUACUAUGAAGUGGCUAUUCUUGGCAUAAAUCACGAUGUAGCCAUAGAGGUUGCCUUCCUGAGUGACUCUUACUUAUUUCAAGUCAAAGAUACAUCACAAAAUGCAGGACCUUCUCACAUAAAUGAUACUUCACCUUGCCAGGAGACCGUUAACCAAGAAGGACUUUCUGAGUUAUUUUCACUUCCAGACGAUAUGAAAACAGCUGCCCAGGAGAAGCAACAUGUCAUCUGCAUUCUGGAUGCGUAUACUUUGGGCUGUGACAAAACUGAAGUCUUUCUUAGGAAAAUAUAUAAGAUAACAGAAGUUGAUGUAAUGAACCAAACAUAGUUCAUGGUUGACGUAAAUGUAUUGGAAACGGAGAAGAGGAUUAAACUUACAAGAGAAUGUUUUUCUCCUGCUAUUCUAUCCGCAGUUUGGAUAUUUAGCAGCGGUUAAGGAAUGUUUCUGGUUCUUUCAUACUUGAAUUUUAUAGAAGUGUUUUGACAGAUACUUGCCUCUCAAAUCAGGGUUUUUUUGACAACAAGUAUUGCACACACAUUGCUUUCUUAACCUUUGUUUUAAGUUUAAAGUAGUAAAAGAUAAACAUCCGAUAGUCGGAUCCUGUCCUGUGAUACUGAAAAACGUACAUCGGAAGACUGGCUCUUUUGCUGCUUAUCUCUGCUUUCUAGUUGGACUAUGAAAAGUUUGUUGUGGGAAGGGAACAUCUUUAAUUAGCAUAGGGCAGUCAAGCAGAGUUGCCUCCUUCAAAAGUUGCCUCAUUAAUCGCCUUUCAUCGACAGUCUGCAGAAGGCUUGGAUGAAGGAUAAAGGAAAGCAAACCAGGACAGAGCUCGUAUUUUGAACUUGUUUGUGGAGCCUGCACAAACACUGCAGUGGAAGAGCGUCGUGGCUGUAAUCAAGCCCUUAGAUUUGCUGUGUCACCUGUGGAUCAUGAUUACACUGCCAGCUGAUCAUUAUACAGUUGCGGCCUCUUCUGCAGAAGAUGAACUGGUGGGGGGGGGAGAGACACUCCCAUCAGAAGUCGUAAUUUGGAGUUUUGUUACAGAAUGGAAAUGAAGUAGAACUGCAUUGGAGGCCGAAGGACCCAAUGCAGACGUGUGGAAUCUGAUCACGUGGUCCGAGAGCGGGCAUAGUACAGCUGCAGUCCAGUCACCCAGAAAAGGGAAAUGGACUUAUGUAUGUAUAUCUGUAUUCAGAUUUGGAAGAAGUGAGUCGGCCUUUGAGUGUAACUGGGAAGAAACGAGUAGUCCUUUUUUUGUAUAAUGUAUUGCACUAUUGCUUUGAUAUUGCAGUUGUUUAUUGCCAGGACCCCAGAGAAGCUGCUGGGUUUGCCAUGAAAACCGUCUUCCCCUGCUGCUGCUUUUCUUUCCCUAUAUUAAAAUAACAACCAUGCCAGUGAUUCCAGACACCCCUUUCUCUCAAGAAAUGUGAGGUUUGACAAAUGCCUACUUGGUCCCGUUGGUGCCGAAAUCUCCUUUUUCUAGGAUUUGAAAUUUUUUUAUAACAAUUUGUAACGUCCACUUUGCUUCUGCUUAAAUAGAUUGAUUUUAAGAUGUUACUGUCUUUUUUAAAAAAAAGUACACCGAAACAAAGAAUAAAAAUUUAUCAAGUA